AUACUAAUGUGGGGGGUGGCAAUUAGACAGACAGGAGACAGGGCUGCUCCAGCUCUGACGACGUGUAAUUGUCGUGGUGCUUUGAGAAAUACCAAACACAUUCAUCAGCAUCCUGAGCGUUCAGCGUCUCAGCAGCUAAAUGACGCCACGUUCUUGGGGAGGACUGUGGUAUAAAAGACAGAUUUGACCUGAUCUACUGUCAUGUUGGUUUGCUGUGAGAAAACAUCAAAACUGUGCAGCUGAGAAGCUCAGUCCUAUUUGUUAAAAGACACAUCCGUCUGUCAGUCUGACCUACCUGUGGCUGGGUGGAAGUAGGACACAAGAAAAAACCCUUGGGUUUCACUCUUUUACAGCUUCAGCUCAUUUAAGGCAGUAGUUAUUGUUAUUAUUAGCUCUUGUGCAUAGUGUUAUUAUUCGAUCUGUAUUUAUUUCCUUUUGCAGACUAAUAUAAAGAAGCAAAACAGCCAAUAAACCACUUAUUAAAGAGCACCCACUGUAAAAUAAUAAUAAUAAUAAAACCCCCACUUACAAUAAUAACUUUACAGUUAAAAUAAAUUAACACAAUUUUGUUUUUGUUUAAAAAGUUAACAGCUUUGGUUUGAACUCUUCAUUUUCUUUGUUUUUUGUUUAAACGGAUCUUCUCUCUCUGAGGAACAUUACUGCCACCUAGUGAGCUCACUUAGCAAGGGUAAACAUUUCUCAAACAAAAGAUUAUUACCUCAGUUCUUUUUUAAGUAAUUGUAUUGCUGCUAAGUACACUGACAGUCCUACACUGAGUCAUUAUUCAUUCAAAUUAAAACAGCAGUGAUUUAGUGUCAAAGUUGUCAAAGUUGUUCACAUUUCUCAUAAAGAAUAAAACAAAAAGCAAAUAAUAAUAUGCAUAAAACGAUACCUCCGUCUCUGUGCCGUGUUCCUGCCGCUGCGUUCUAACAAUGAAAGAAUGUUUGUGCAUGAAAAAGCUGACUUGUUUGAAUGGUAGAAAUUCAUGUAGGCAGAAGAGCGGCUGACUGAGAGAAAUAAAGAUGAGAAGGAACAUAAAAGGCCAGAGAGAGUCAGCCCAGAGUCUGCAGAUGAAAGGCCGGAGAAAAGGAGUGUGUGAACAGUGCAGUCACUGUGGUGAUGAUCCAGGCCACGGCCGGCGACACAAUGGAUGAACACACACACACACACAAACUCACACAUGCAGCGAUGUUUGUUUGAUGUCAGCUUUUCUUGACAGAUGGAAUCAAUGUUAAUUAAACACUGACAAUGUGAGAGAAGAGGGAAAAGAGAGGACGCGAGUUUCCUGGUGCGAUCACAAACAAACACAUCUUGAUCAGAGAGAUAUAACACGUCUACGUGAAAAUGGAUGAUACUAUGUCACUGCAUCAUACACUCUGGCUGAAGAUGAAACUCUUGGUAAAAGAAAUCUGUUUUCAGUACAAGAUCUAUUUAGAAUGCGUUUAUUAUUAAUUCCUUAUAUAAUUUUCAAACCAUAGCAUAAUGAUUUUAUAUCUUUGAAUAAUUUGGAUAAUUUACUAUUGUGAUGUCACCAGAGCCCAAGGCACCACUUAGUGGUAUUUUGCCUCAUGAACUAGUUUGACAAAUCUUUAAGGGAUCAGUUGCAGGUUUGUGUGUGUGUGUAUGUAAGGGUCGGGGGUGGGGGGUGGGUUACACAACACAACAAAAAAAUGUACAUCAUAUAAAAUUUAAGGAGGAGGCGCCAUUCAGUAUGUAGUUCCUCUGGUGCUUGAACCCAGGACUUUUUUGGCAGAUGUGUAAGGCAUGCCCCAUAACUGCUACACUAUUACAUCAGAGUUCGCACAUCUCACUACAUGCCUUUUUAGGUUAGGUACCCCACACAGGGAUCAGGCUCCGUGGUCCAGAUUUCUGUGGACCACAUAGUCAGACACAUGAUUUAAUGUGGUGUAAAGAUGCCGGUCUCAACACGUCAAAAAACGAAGGGAAAUUAAAAGUGGGAAACCAUGAAAGGGAGAUUGAGAGAUGGGGAGGAAACGGAGCUGAAACGUAAAGAUCAAUAUCCCCUGCAUAAUUACCUACCAGCUUCCUGGGUUGCUAGGAGACCAGCCAGAAAUGAGAGAGGGGAGACGAAGAAGAAGUAGAAGAAAAGGAAGGCAACGAUACAGGGAGAGGGAAAGAUAAACACACAAAAAGUCCAGCGUGUGUUUAUUGCCUGUGUUUACACUGAGAGUGAAGGUACAGGAGGGCGAGGGAAGCAUGUAGAUGUGAUUAUUAUAGGAGUGCAUGAAGAAUUACUGAGAAAUUGAUGGUGUCAGUCCCUUUAGCUUGACAACUCCUCCUCCACCAUAAAUCAUCCACAGCUCUCUGUGCACUCACUUUUGUCUUCUUUGAUUCUUCCUUCCCUCUGACUCCCUGCUUCCUGUCACCUCCUUCUCUCUCUCUCCUGCCGUUUCUCAUUUAUAUCAGUCGUGUCUUGUGUUCACGCUCCCACUGAAAUCACUGAGGAGCCACGUGAACAGAUGUUUCCAUCAAUUACCAUCAAAAUAGUUCCCGAUCAACGCAGACCUCUGUCGUAUGAAAUGAUUAGAACGGAUGCCCACAAGCAGCAGUCAACAUUAAAGCAGUCUCACUGAAUAAAGCUACACUUAAAGAAAAAAAAUCUCAUUACACAGAAGCCAUAUUUAUGUGCACUGUGCCUUUAAAUGGAAGAAUGGGAGCACCAAGAGAGAGAGAGAAGGAGAGAGAGGAAAAAUGAGGAGUAAGAAGAGAGAGAGAAGGAGACCUAGAAAAGGGGGAGUCAGUGUUCACUUUCUCCUCUUCUGUCUCUCAGAGGUGUGUGAGAGACCAGUGUGAUAUUUCUUUACAGUCAGUAAGACUAAGAGAGAGAGAGAGAGAGAGAAAGAAAGAAAGAAAGAAAGAAAAAAAGAAAGAAAGAAAGAAAGAAAGAAAGAAACAACAAGGAAACAAAGAAAUACAGAAAGAAGAAAAUAAACAGAGAAAGAAACAAAGAAGAUGCUGGACAUCUCUGGAGGAGGACCGCUUCACUGCCUCUGAUACUUCAGGAUCAUGUUGGACACAGAGACAAGAGGCAGAUUUCUUUGACGGCUGCUGAGACACGGAGCGCUCUCUGGAGUGGAUGAGAUUAAACAAUUCAACAGUUGUCGCUCUUUGAUGAGAACAAAAAAAAAGUUGUGGACAUCGGCAGCUGUGAGUCUGUGCAGAGACAUCCCAGCGUCUCAACCGAAGAAAGUUCUGAAAGGACUGUGUAGCUGAAGUGUCUGUUGUUGGUUCGUGUAUAAGACAAAGGUGGAAACAUUUGUUCUCAUCUGCCUUCAUCCAAAAGAAACACUUUUGUUUUUUAGUCACAUCCACACAGACAAGAAAUGGCACAGAAAGACACGGGAAUAGAGCAGAGACACAUCAAGACAGGGGACAGCCUCGGAGCAAAAGCUCUCUCAGGGGUCCCUUCAGCUGGUGGGGGAGUGGUGGUGGAAGUCAGGGAGAAGAAAGGACCUCUACGGGCAGCAAUACCCACAAUGCCUUUCCUCCUGGCUGUUGUCUGUCUGUUUCUAAACACCUUCAUACCUGGACUGGGCACCUUCGUCUCAGCCUUCACGGUGCUGUGUGGAGCUCGCUGUGAUCUGAUCUCAGAGCGAGGCGUGUGCUGCGUGUUCUGGCUCAACGUGGCAGCAGCACUGAUCCAGAUUCUGACGGCUGUGAUCAUGGUGGGAUGGAUCAUGAGCAUCUUCUGGGGCAUGGACAUGGUCAUCCUGGCAAUUUCUGAUGGUUGUCGUGAUCAGAGCGUUCCUCAACACGUGUGAGCUCCGACGUUCCCUGAUGAACCGCACUGUUUGAUUGCUUUCCCCCGAAGCCUGACAUUUCUGAAGGCCUGUAGCCGAGUGUUGGAGAGACAUAAUAAGAAUAGUUGAGUCUGAGGAGGUCAUGUGACUUUGACUAAGUGAAGUGAUUGAUAGGAAGCCCCUGCUGGUCAAUC